UGCGUACUCAGUCACCAGCGGAACCCUCUCCACCAGGCUCCGCGUCGAGGCCCUACGGGGCGUCACUACGCACGCGUACUUUGGGUCCCAGCUCUGCAUUUCCAGGACCCGGUCACUAUUCAGGACACUGUUCCAGCGCAGUGCGCGUUAGCCAUGUCACAGCACUGUGUGGUGGGUCAAAGAUACAUUCCCUGGAGAAGACAAGAGCCUUUAUCCGGGGACUGUCGUCUUCCUGAAGUAGAGGGAUCAGUGACAUUCCAAGAUGUGGCCAUUGACUUCUCCAAGGAAGAGUGGGGAUUCCUGAACCCUGCUCAGAGAGAUUUGUACACAACUGUGAUGUUGGAGAAUUAUCAGAACCUGGUCUGGCUGGGACUUUCCAUUUCUAAAUCUGUGAUUUCACUGUUGGAGAAAAGGAAACUGCCUUGGCUAAUGGGAAAAGAAGAGAUAAGAGGCCCAUUGCCAGGAUAUUUCAAGGUGUCAGAGAUGACCAUCUCCCAGGAGCCAAAGGCAAAGACUAGAACUCUCUUUGGAAAAGAUGUGCCAGGUGCAGAGAUUAAGGAGUUAUCUGCAAAGAGGGCUAUUAAUGAAGUAUUAUCGCAGUUUGACACAGUGAUAAAAUGUACAAGAAAUGUAUGUAAGGAAUGUGGAAAUGUAUACUGCCACAAUACGCAGCUUACUCUCCAUAAGAGAAAUCAUACACGAAAGAAAUGCAAUCAGUGUUUAGAUUGCGGGAAAUACUUCACUCGUCAGUCAACUCUCAUUCAGCAUCAAAGAAUCCACACGGGAGAGAGACCCUAUAAAUGUAACGAAUGUAUUAAAACCUUCAACCAGAGGGCACACCUUACCUAGCAUGAGAGAAUUCACACUGGUGAGAAAACCUUCAGCCAGAUGACUCAUCUCACACAGCAUCAGACUACACAUACGAGAGAAAAGUUCCAUGAAUGCAGUGAAUGUGGAAAGGCCUUCAGCCGUUUCUCAGCUCUUAUAGAUCACCAGCGAAUUCAUACUGGAGAAAAGCCGUAUGAAUGUAAGGAGUGUGGAAGAGCCUUCACUCAAAGUGCCCAGCUCAUUAGACAUCAGAAAACUCAUUCUGGAGAAAAACCCUAUGAGUGUAGUGAGUGUAAGAAAUCUUUUGUGCGCCUAUCUUCCCUGAUUGAACAUUGGAGAAUUCACACUGGAGAAAAACCAUAUCAAUGUAAGGACUGCAAAAAGACCUUUUGUCGUGUCAUGCAGUUCACUCUGCACAGGAGAAUUCAUACUGGUGAAAAACCCUAUGAAUGCAAGGAAUGUGGAAAGUCCUUCAGCGCCCAUUCUUCUCUUGUUACUCAUAAGAGAACACACAGUGGAGAAAAACCGUAUAAGUGCAAGGAAUGUGGAAAAGCCUUCAGUGCGCACUCUUCCCUUGUUACUCAUAAGAGAACACACAGUGGAGAGAAACCCUAUAAAUGCCAUGCCUGUGGGAAGGCCUUUAAUACUUCCUCCACACUUUGUCAACAUAACUGAAUUCAUACUGGUGAAAAACCCUUCCAGUGCAGUCAAUGCGGGAAGUCCUUUAGCUGCAGCUCUCACCUUACUCGACACUGUAGAAUGUGUAAUGGAAAAUGUUAGCAAAUAACCAAAACUCAAAAUGUUAAUUCUGAUUAUUCUGUAUCAUCACCAGUACUUUGUACUCUGAGUCUUUUUAAAUAUGCUCUCUUAGUUUGUAUGGAAUGAUAUUUCAUUGCACUUUUAAUUUAACUUAAAAAUGCCUUCCCUUGACUGUUGAUAUAUGUUUUUUGUGAAGUGUGUGUUGAAGUCUUGCAGAUAAUUUUUUAAAUUAGAGGUUUAUCACUAGGUAUAUCUCCUAAUGCUAUCCCUCCCCCCUCCCCCAAUGUAAAUGACGAGUUAAUGGGUGCAGCACAGCAACAUGGCACAUGUAUACAUACGUAACAAACCUGCACGUUGUGCACAUGGUACCCUAAAACUUAAAGUAUAAUUAAAAAAAAAAUUAGAGGUUUUUCUUCGUGUGCAGUUAUGAGAGUUCAGUAGAUUUUGGAAAUAUUUUCUAUUCUGUAACCUACCUUUUCAUUUACAUAACGGUGAUAAAAGCUUUAAGUUUGAUCACAUCCAAUUAAUCACAUUUUUUAAUAGUUAUGCUUUUAUUUAUUUUUCAGACAGGGUCUUACUCUGUCACCCAGGCUGGAGUGCAGUGGCACAAUCAUGGCUCACUGCAGUCUCUGCCUCCCGGGCUCAAGUGAUCCUCCCACGUCAGCCUCUCAAGUAGCUGGGACUACAGGCAUGUGCCACCACACCUAAUUUCUGUAUUUUUUGUAGAGACUAGGUUUCACCAUGUUGUCCAGGCUUGUCUUGACCUCCUGAGCUCAAGCAGUCCAUCUGCCUCAGCCUCCCAAAGUGCUGGGACUACAGACAUGAGCCACUGUGCCUGACCUAGUUCUGCUUUUUAUGUUCUAAGAAGUAUUAUUUAUUCUAUGCUGAGCUUACAUAGAAUUUCUUACAUGUUUUCUAUAGCUAUAUUGUAUUUUUACCUUUUACUGUUAGAUCUAUUUCAUGUUUUUAUUAUGGAUAAUGGAGGAGGUAAAGGUUGAAUUAUAUUUUCCCCCAUAUUAUUGACCCAUAGUGACACCAGUUUUGGGAGAUGUCUUUCAUUUUCACCCUUACGUUGUUAUUGGCACCUUUUGCAAAAAUCAAUUAUUUAUGAGUAUACUUCUGAAAUAAUCUGUUUCAUCAAUCUAUUUGUCUUCUCAGUAGUUCCACAUUGUCUUAAUUAUAGCUUUAGAGGAAGUCUUGAAAUUUGGUAGUAAGUCUUCCAGUUUUGUUAUUUUAACAAAUUUCUCUAGGCUGGGCAUGGUGGCUCAUGCCUAAAAUCCCAGCACUUUAGGAGCCCCAGACAGGAGGAUCACUUAAGCGCAGAAGAUCAAGACCAGCCUGGGAAAUAUAGCAAGACCUUAUCUCUACAAAAAAAUUUAGAAAUUAGCUGGGCAUGGUGGCACCCAUCUGUAGUCCUAACUGCUCAGGAGGCUGAGGUGGGAGGAUUGCUUGAGUCCAGGAGUUCAAGGCUGCAGUGAGUUGUGAUCACACCAUUGCAGUCCAGCCAGGUUGACAGAAUGAGACCCUGUGUGUUAAAAAAAAAAAAAAAAAUCCUGGUGAUGCUUUUCUGGAUUAAAAAAUAAAAUAAAAAUUGGCCUCACUACUCUAGCUUAUUUGCAUUUUCUAAUAAAUGUUCAGUGUCACCUUGUCAGUUCCUACCGAAAAGCCUGUCAGUAUUAUAACUGAGAUUGCAUGAAGUCUGUAGACAAACUUGAAGAGAAUUGACACUUAACAGCAGUGACUUCCAGUCUGUAACCUUAGCAUAAGUUCUAUUUGUCUCCUUUAAUUUUUCUCAGAAAUACCUGUAGUUUUCUGUAGAGAUCUUGAAUGUAUUUUCUUAAGUUUAUUAAUAGACAUUUUCACAAUAUGUAAA